UGGCAACCCUCAGAAUAAAUAGAUGCUCAGAGAGGAGGGCCAGAGGAGUGGGCUGCAAGAACGGAACAUCACGCAUCCACUAUGAAAAGCUUGGAGGAAAUCAGCAAAAAAUACCAUGUAGAUGAACAUGUGGGCUUUGCUCUGCCCAAUCCACUGGAGGAACUACCUCUCCGAUAUGAUCCCUGGAUUUCCAUUGCUAAAAACAUUCCUGACCUGAUUGAGAAUGGUGAACUUCGUGCAGAAGUAGAGAAGUUACCAAUGAUCAGCAUUGAUGGCCUCUCAGGACACAGGCAACAGCGCCUCGCACGUCUGGUCCUGGGGUAUAUCACCAUGGCAUAUGUGUGGUACAAAGGUGAUGAAGAUGUCCGUAAGGUCCUGCCCAGCAAUAUUGCUAUCCCUUACUGUGAACUCUCUGAGAAGCUGGGGCUGCCUCCCAUUUUGCUUUAUGCAGACUGUGUCUUGGCAAACUGGAAGAAAAUAGAUCCUGAGGGGCCCAUGAGUUAUGAGAACAUGGACGUCCUGUUUUCAUUUCCUGGUGGGGACUGCACUAAAGCAUUCUUUCUCACUUCUCUCUUGGUGGAAAUAGAAGCUGCUAAAGCGAUAAACAACAUUCCCUCCAUAUUCAAAGCACUGGACCAUCAGGACCAAGAUGCUUUGCAGAAGGCACUCCUUCAUAUAAUUUCUUGUCUGCACAAUGCCAAGGAAGAGUUUGAAAAAAUUCGUGGCCGUUUGGACCCAGACCAGUUUUUCAAUGUUCUUCGCAUAUACUUGGCUGGCUGGAAAGGCAACUCCCAACUGCCAGAUGGUCUUCAGUACGAAGGAGUCUCAGACAAGCCAGAAAUGUUUGCUGGGGGUAGUGCAGCCCAAAGCAGCAUCUUCCAGUGCUUUGAUGUUCUGCUGGGCAUUAAGCAGAGUGCUGGCGAACCAUCAGCCGCUGCAUUCCUCCAGGAAAUGCGAACAUACAUGCCACCAGCUCACCAGAAAUUUCUUCAGUCCUUAGAGUCAGGCCCCUCAGUGCGAGACUUUGUCCUUUCAGAAAAGGAUGAUAGCCUAACCAAAGCUUAUAAUGAUUGUGUGCAAGCUAUGGUCUCUCUGAGAAACUACCAUUUGGAAAUAGUAACUUCAUACAUUCUGAAUCCUGCAAGCAGGCAGUCCAAAAAAACUGCACCUUCCAAAGAGACACCAGAAAUGGAAACUAAAGGAACUGGAGGAACCAAUGUCAUGAAUUUUCUAAAGAAUGUGAGAGGUACAACUGAGGGGGCCCUUUUGAAGGUAGAUUAAUGUAACCCAAGCAAGGGUACAUUUUGUCAGGACAGAGAUUAUAUGUGUGUGUAUGUGUGUGUGUGUGUGUGUGUGUGUAUGCUCAUUAUAUUAGACUCACAAAUUAAUAUGCUACUCAUUAUAUUAGACUCACAAAUUAUUAUGUAACAAUUUCUGAAUAGUGCAUGAUAAAAGAUUUCAAAAUGUUUUUUCUGAUCUGUGAAUUCCUUGCAUGAAAACAAUAAAAAGCAAUUAUGUUAGAGGUGGUAUGACCUAUUCUAUAUAAUCAGAAUGUAACAAUAAAAGUUGAAAUGAUAUAAGAAAAUACCUAAAAGUUGCUUUAUUCAUAACUAUAAUUAAACACUGCUCCAAAUGAGACCUACUCCACACUGCUACCCUUCAUGCAGGGCGAACAGAUUCCUGGACUUCCAACUCAGUAAUAUCACACUUUCUCACAGUUACCUGUUCAUUUGUCUAUAUUCUCAUUACAAUAUGAGCUUCAUGAUACCGGGGACACUAUCGUUUACCAUACCCAUGCAUGCCCAGUUGUUAAUACAUAUGUAAUAAAUAUAUUAGGUAAAUAUUAAAAAAGGUUGAGUGAGUUUAUGAAUAAGUCAAUACGUGCUACCAUGAAGUCACAUUUGAAGUAUAAUUUUUCCUAGAAGGUCAGAGUUAUCAGGCAUUCACUCUCUGGCAUGAAUUUAUUUACCAAUGGAAUCUAAGAAAUUUAGGGCUGAAGAGGAACUUAAGAAUCAUAUGAGUCAAACUCACUAUAAAGAUGACCAAACUCAUUAUAAAGGCUCAGACGAGUGAGGUGGCUUACUUAGGGUCACAUGAUUAGGUUAAAAUGGGAGGAGAGCUUUUUUGACAACUUCCAUCUUUUUCACUUCACUUUGAGCAAGUGGGUUAGAAAGGAAGGGAAUUUGGGGAGGAAAUGGAUGACUUGAUAGGAUCUCACGAGGUAGCAAAUGGUCAGCCAGAAAAUGGGUAUUCUAUUAAAGACGAGAAGAGAAAAAAGGCACAAAGGUUGUAUGGGUAGAGGAUUAGCAAGCACUUUCAAUUUAGAAAAGGCUUAGCUCUGAGGAGAUGAGUUGGAUAUACCCAAGGACAUUUGAAGAAGGAAAUGUAGUCACAUAUUUCUAAAGUGAAACAUUCAAAAACAAUUUUAGCAUCAUUUCUCAGACACACCCAAACUAACCCAAGGAAAUCAAGCAGAAUCUCUGCUUACAGCAAAAUUCACACAUAUUACUAGUGCAUGGUACACAUUUUUCUCCUUUAUUCUCCAGUCAAUAUUUCUGCAAUAGGUGUAUAUAAGUUUAUAACAAAAAUAUGCAUGCAUGUGUACAUGUAUACCAAAUACAUAUGUGUAUGUACAUGAGUGUAAUUUUUAAGUGAUCACCAGAAAGAUCACCAUGUCGUAGAGUUUGAUGCUUUUCAAAAGCACUAAACUGAAAGUCAGGAGACCAAGAACUGGGGUUUAUUUUGGACACCUACUCGGUCUGUGACCUUAGGCAAAUGUUUCAUAUUUCUGUAAAAUGAGUGUGAAAAUACUUGCUCUGUCUCAUUCACAUGGUAACUGUGAGGACGGAAUAAAAUACAGUGCCAAAGUACUGGAAAAUAUAAAGUAGUACUAGGAUAUAUGUACAUAAGUUUUCAGGACCAUUUAUUGGCUCUAGGUCAAGGUUUUUUCUGUUCUUUCUGGUACACUGGUCACUCUGGCUUCACAGCUACACCUCACAGGGCUACACAUCAGGAGUUUCUCCUUCAGAGAUGGUUUUACCUAAUUAGCAUUGAAUCACUUUGACACGAAGAAUAUCUUUGGUCUCCUCUGCAAGGCCCCACAUUAUAUCCUCUCCUUUAGAGCAACACACCCACCUGACAUGGGGCGGAGAGGUGGGUAGUGGGAGGGGAGAGCCAGGGGCAUUGGCACUGACACUGCACUGCUAUUGGGUAGGUGAUGGCCAGACUAAGUCUUAGCUUGGCGUUCUCCACAGAGAGUGUAUACAUUUGUUCCUCAGAGUCGAUUCUCUUCUAUCUGUCCAAAUAAUGGAGGCUGAGAUUCCAAACACACUCAUAGAUCCAGAAAAUAAACUGAGGGUUGCCAUAUGGUUGGGGGGCUGGUGGAAAAGGUGGAGGGAUUAAGAGGUACAAAUUGUCAGUUACAAAACAGUCCCAGGGAUGUAAGGUACAGCAUAGGGAAUAUAGUCACUAAUAUUGUAAUAUUAAUGUAUGGUGUCUGGUAGGUACUAGACUCAUCGGGGGAACAUUUUGUAAGUUACAUAAAUGUCUUACCACUAUGCUGUACACCUGACACUAAUAUGUUGAAUGUUAACUAUAAUGGAAAAUUAAAAAAACAAAUCACUGUGAUUUUUGAAAACAAGAUUCCUGAUUUCCCUUUAAGUUGUCUCUGGAAUGGGAGAGGUACAACAAAAUACUGGAUAACUUUCUAAAGAAAUUCUACUAUUUCUUCUCCCCAUCCCACAUGGGCUCAUCACAGUGAGUGGUCAACUGGGAAGGGUUGCCAGAGGGUAAAGUUAACAUCCUAUUGUAAGGAAAGGUUUUAGCUAGAUGUAAUGAAUUCUUAGUAACAUGGAUCCUGUUUAAAUAGAGUUAAUGACAAUUCCAUCCCUGUCUGUGUCCUAGUAAAAUCAGAAGUUUGUAAUGGUAUAUUCUUCUACCUGUUGUUUUCUAUAAGUGAGGAGAAUUUGGCUUAAAAUAUGUAUCUUUUUCAUACAAAGAGUUCAGAAAAUUAAGUACUCUUGAUCUCCUAUUUUCUAUAAUUAAUUUAGACAAU